AUGUUCAACAACACCUUCUUCACGGGCGUGGCAUACCACCCUGAUGACUCGCAGCUGGUCACGGUCGGGACUGACAGGAAGCUGACCUAUUGGGACGCGUUCGACUGCCAGGCGAUCCGCGUGCUGGAGGCCAGUGCCACGGGGCAGGUCAACGUGGUGGUGCUGUCGCCGGACGGCGAGGCGGCGCUGACGGGCGGCGCCGACAAGCUCGUGCGGCUUUGGGGCUACGACGACGGCCUGUGCCACAGCGUCGGCGUCGCGCACAGCGGGGCGGUCACGGCGCUGCAGGUGUCGCCGGACAAGACCCGCAUCGUCAGCGUCGGCGCGGAAGGCGGCAUUUUUGUCUGGGCGUACGCCGCGCCGCUCCCCCUGGCGGAUCCGCAGGGGGCGUGA